CAGGAGGUGGAUUAGGUUACGAGAGGCACAAGUCGCCGUUGCAGACCUACAGAACCAGCACCAUGUCGCAGACAACCACGUAUGGACUAAACUGACAAUCGACUCAGCUCAACCUGUGACAUACUGACUGUACAGAUCAUGCUCAACGUGUUAAUAAUAGGGGGAGGCCCUCAUGCCUUGACCCUGGCUAGCUUGCUAUCCAACCCGGACCCUGACCAUGACUUAACCCUUUCCCGCCCCUACUCAGACCCUGUGGGGCCUCAACUACAGCUAGAAACAUACAACAAAACAUGCUGCAGUGAAAAGAAGAAAAGGUGGCUUCCAGGUCGAACACUGAAGGAGCAACUACCUAAGUCAUCAGUGUCACAGAGGGCCCUUUGCCCCCAGCUGAGUCUCCGAGUCAUAGAUUCCUAUGGAGAGUGGACCGGGUUGUGGGAGAGCCAGUUCAUGGCUCUGAACAUCCCUCACCUGCGCUCACACACAUUGGUGCACACAGAUCCUCUCAAUAAGAAAGCGCUGCAGGAGUUUGUGUCGAAGCAUGGUCGUUCAGCAGAGCUUCACAGUCUCCCAGACCACGUUUACAUCCUGGAUGAAAAUGCGUUUUUUAACGACCAGCGACUCGGCAAGAAGGAGAGGAAACGUCUCAACAUGGCCUCAACACUCAGGAAGAGUUUAUGCUUUAGUCUGCCGGGAACUAGACUGAGUGUGGAUUUCUUUAGAGAGCAGGUCAAGAGAUACAACUUGGACAAAUUAAUGAUAAAGGGAACAGUGGAGCGCAUCAUUCCUGUAUUUGAGCACGGGAAGGAGACUGAAGAGGAGAUUGAUGAGAUACAGGUGAAGGGAACCCGUAGGAGGGAGGAAGCCAGAGGAGGAGUGAAGUAUUUCGAAGUCCAUCUCCAACAAGGCGUCGUCCUAACAGCUCACCAGGUUGUCCUGGCAACGGGCCCAACCCGUGCCAAGAUGGCAAACAUCCCUUCCUGGGUGGAAAGUAUUGAUGAAAGCUAUCCAGAGGAGCGCCUGCGGCACACGGUGCACCUUAUGCACCACCUGGUAAAGUCGAAACAAAACCCUACGUGUCAGGGAGAGAUCAAAAGCUUUGCCGCUAGAGUGUGUGAGGAGGGCCAGAGAGUGAUGAUAGUCGGCGGAGGUCUGACCAGCGCUCACGUUGUCUCUAUAGCCCUGCAGCAAGGUGCCAGCCAUGUGACGUGGGUUAUGAGGAAACACCUGCAGUUGAAGCAGUUUGACGUGGGGGAUGUGGAGAGCCUGGUGGGUCGCUACUCCCACGUGGAGCAUGGCAUCCAGAUGGACGGCCGAGCCUAUCUGCAGCAGUUCUACAAUGAACGAAGCCUCCACAGACGGCUGGCUAUGAUUCACCAGGCGAGGAAAGGCGGCGCCGUCACACCCGAGGCUUACAUCCACUUAAAGCCCUUUAUAGAGAAUGGACAGGUGGACGUGAGGACGUACUGUCAGGUGAGUGAAGCCAGGUGGUGCUACAGGAGCCAGGCCUGGAGUCUGUCCCUCAGCAUGGGGGCCCGUUGGACCGGAGACGUCAUCUGGCUCGCCACUGGCUGCAAGCUCGAUGUCAAGCAGGACUCGCUGCUUUCUGGCGUCAUGGAGGAAUUCCCACUUCAGGUGAUAAAUGGCUGGCCGUGCAUAACAGAAACGCUCCAGUGGGCAGAAGGGUGCCCCCUCUAUCUGAUGGGCCAGUACGCCGCUCUUCAGAUCGGACCUCAUGCGGUAAACUUGGCCGGCGGACAGGCUGCCAGCCUCCGAAUCGCCAAGGAUAUCAUGCGGCAUCAGCAGCGAGAAAGUGGAGAGGCCUCUGAACUGAACGGGGAGAAAUCUAAAGCAGAGGAAUAUGUUCAACAUAUGCAAGGUCUCUUUUGGCUUUAACCAGUGUACAACACACUCCAGUCAGAGGAAGUCUAGGUCUGUCAGUCACAUUCUGUACACACGCCACUCCUGUAAAGCUCAGUUUACAGUUCCUUUGUCCAUAGUCCUUGAUGCUAUUUACUGUAAAGUUACACUUCAACAUUAGAGCUCUCAACAAGUGGAGUUACCUAAAAUGCUCCAAGCUGGUGUGUGUGUGAUGAGCAGCCGCAACUGGAAAUUAACUUGAAAAUGGAAUCCGUUAAAGCAAUAAUAAUAUGCAAUAUACAUACGUGUGUGUGUGUGUACACAAGUAUUACUGUUGUCUUUGCACAGUUAUUGCUUCUUGUUGUUUACUUUUUCCUUUUUCCUCUCAAUUGCUACUGAAAACACAAGCAUUUUCCCCAGUAAACUAUGCACAAUGUGCUCCCUCUGUAA